GUCAAAACAAGGGGCAAGAGCUCUGGGGUCCUAUUCCUCGCUCAAGGAAGAUCUCAUUUUCGCUGAGGCGGGCGGGCGUGUUCAAUAGCGCAAAAUAAACUUUACCUGUUCCAGCGGUGAAACGUUCUCUCUCGUCCGGAUUAGUUGGAUGAACCGUCUCCAGGGGAGGACUAUAAACAUCAACGGGGAUGCCAACCUCUUCAGGACCUAUCCCUCCUAAUCCGAAUCUGCCGAACGGCGAGGAUCUGUCUGAGAAGGACUAUCUUGCUUUCAAGAACACCAAGAUCAGUGGCAACGAGAUGGAGUCCGACAAGAUUCUGCAGAGGACCAGCUCGCUGCUGCAGAACAAAGCAUUUACCGACGUAACAUUCAUCGUCGGACCGCCUUCGGCUUCGAAGAAAUACGUUGGGCAUCGGGUUCUACUCGCGAUGACCAGUCCUGUUUUCGAGGCCAUGUUCUAUGGCGAUAUGGCCGACAAGUCGAAGGUGAUCCGAAUUUCGGAUAUCGCGCCGAUCGGUUUCGAGAACCUCCUGCGCUAUGCCUACACCGAUAAUCUGAAAUUGGAGACUGUCGAUGACGCAAUGCUCACCGCAUUCGCCGCGAAGAAAUACAUUCUACCGCAUCUUCUGAAAGACUGUUUCGCUUUCAUCGAACGGAACGUGACUCCAUCCACCGUCUGCCAGGUUUUCGAGUUUGCUUCCGUAAUGGAGGCCUACACGUUGAUUUUCCAAUGCCUCAACAUCAUCGAUCGCCAGACAUACCACGUCCUCACCGCAGACAACUUCCCGAAUGUCCAGCCUAGUACGCUAGAGACGAUCGUCCACAGAAAAUACCUGAACCUAUACUCCGAGUACGCUCUGUACCAAGCAUCGUUGCAGUGGGCCACUGAGGAAUGCAACAGGAGAGGACUCGACAAGUCUGAAGUAGAAAACAUUCGAGCAUGUAUGGGCGACACCGUUGUCGGACAGCUCCGUUUCCUGGCUUUGAGCCCCGAGGAGUUCUGCAAAGGCCCGGCCAAGAGCGGUCUGCUGACCCGCGACGAGUGCUACGCUGUCUUCAUGAACAUGGCGAUACCUGGAAUAGUUGCACUACCGAAAGGAAUAAGCGCCGAGGGCACGAAGAGGUUGAGCCCUCCGGAACACUUCAUUACACGGAGGUACCAAUCCGUGUCCUUCCACCCACCGUCGAGACCGUUGCGAUUCAUCGGGAUCAAGUUCACAGUUCUUACCCGCGAUAUCUUCGUGACCGGUAUAGGAUUCCCUCUCCGGCAGGACCUGGGCUCCUACAGUGUCCGCACACACAAAUACGAUGGGGUCCUGCGGUGCAGCUACAAGAUACAGGAGGACCGACGAGAGCGCGAAGAAUGCGAAGUGAGCUUCGCUCUCAGUAAGGAAAAAGAUGUGAAACUCAAGCUCACCAAGCCUUUCUUCAUUCGAAAAGGAUUGGAGUACGAACUCGAGCUCCAGCUCUCUCACGUGGUCAGUGACGAUGUUAUAAUCCCGUCACUGCGGAACAGGAAGAAGGAAGAUGUAGUCGAGGGCGUGACAAUCGCUUACGGAACUUACCAGCGUCCGCAUAUGAACAACGUCAUUGAGAUUCUCGAGAUCUCGGACGUUUUCUUCUACUUCUAA